GGCUCUUCUCUCAACCGUCGCCGCUGCGGAAGCCAAGUGCCCCGCCCCACCCCCGUUGCCAUAACAGCAGUACACAACGCCUCCUUCCCCCUUGCUGCUCUUUCAAAACACUCUUUCCCUUUUGGGGCCAAGACCCUCUCCAUAACCGCUUCUAGUUGAGCAGGACCAGGGACGAGGACCUUGCUUGAUCUGAUUCCAGAGCCUUCAGCAAGGAAGAAAGAUGUCAGAUGAAGAUGAUCUGGAAGACUUUGAGCCAGACGAGGAUGAUCUGGAAAAGGAAGAUGAUGAGAAGGAGACAGAGGAGUGGGAGGACUACAGGAAAGAGGGAGAAGACUUCACUGAGGAAUGGAUGCCCACUCCCCUCACGGAGGACAUGAUGGAGGAAGGGCUUUCUCUGCUGUGUAAGACAGGCAAUGGACUGGCUCAUGCUUAUGUCAAGCUGGAGCUUAAAGAGAGAGAUCUGACAGACAUCUACUUGCUGCGUUCCUACAUCCAUGUGCGCUAUGUGGAUGUUUCUGAGAACCACCUGACAGACUUGUCCCCACUCAAUUACCUCACCCACCUGCUCUGGCUCAAGGCUGAUGGCAACCGGCUGCGGAGUGCCCGGCUGAACGAGCUGCCCUACCUGCAGAUUGCCAGUUUUGCCUAUAACCAGAUCACUGACACUGAGGGCAUCUCUCAUCCUCGUCUCAGCAGCCUGGAUCUCAAAGGAAACCGCAUCCACAUGGUGACAGGUCUGGACCCCCAAAAGCUGAUCAGCCUGCACACACUGGAGCUUCGGGGGAACCAGUUGGACAGCACCCUGGGAAUCAACCUUCCUAAGCUGAAGAACCUCUUCCUGGCCCAGAACAUGCUGAAGAAGGUGGAAGGCUUGGAGAACCUUACCAAUCUCACUACCUUGCAUCUUCGAGACAACCAGAUUGAAACUCUGAGUGGCUUCUCCAAGGAAAUGAAAUCACUGCAGUACCUCAACCUGAGGGGCAACAUGCUGACUGACCUGAGGGAACUAGCCAAGCUUCGGGACUUGCCCAAGCUUCGAGCCUUGGUGCUGCUGGACAACCCAUGUACAGAUAAGAACGACUACCGCCAGGAGGCCCUGGUGCAGAUGGCACACCUCGAACGCCUGGACAAGGACUUCUUUGAGGAGGAGGAACGGGUUGAAGCUGAUGAGAUCCGUCAGAGGAUGAAGGAGGAACAGGAGCAGGAGGCUGAGCCUGAGCAUGACUUGGAACUGGACCAACCGAUGUAGCAGCAGUUGUUCUAGCCUCCAAGGAUAGUAAGGAAGCCGGCAGGGAGGCAGGAAGAGGGGGACAAGGGCCUGGCAUAUAGGGGAAAGAGAACUUGCUAUAGGAGGAGGUGGGUGAGGAAGGGAUAAGGGAAGGAGAACCCUUGGAGAGACCACGGUUAGGAGUCAGGGGGUGUCUCAGAAGGAACCAGAAGGGCCUGGGAGGAAUUGAGAAAAGGCUUAGGAGAUACAUCAGGAGGCCAGAAGAGUAAGUGAAAAGACUUGGGGUGGCAGGCAGAGAUGUGGGUGUGGAGUAGGCAGCCACACCUGAUAUGGAGUGAGGAUCAGCUGGAAAGGACGGGUCUGGGGCAUGCUGGUGGAUGGGGGAGGGAGGUCGGUGGUGGUAUAUAAGGAAUGCAGCUGGGCCUAGGAGAGAAGGAAGGAGAAGAUCCUGCACUAAAAAUCUGAAGCUAAAAAUAAUAGGACUCAGGGGUGGGGGCAAGAAAGGAGGGCAGGGUGAGGCAGAAAGACUGAGGAGAGGAGCCCAGGGAAGUGUGGCAGCUGGGCACUUCACAUCGGGCAGAGGCAGCAGUGGGAAUGCAGUAGAGCCCAGAGGCUUGACUUCUGUCCUCUUUCUCCAGGAGAUCAAAGACACUGGCCCCAAGACCUGAGAAGGCUCCCAGUCAGGGGGGCCACCACAUUUACAGAGGAUGCCUUCUCUUUCCCCAGACCUGGGAAUUCAUCACAGCCUGCCGCCCAGACUCUGUGAAGGGCACCUGGGCAGUCCUGUGGGUGGGCUUGAGCUCUGCCUAGAGCCUAGGCCGCGGGCAGCCCUCUGGCAGGUCUGAGUGCGAGUCAGGCCUGGAAGAGCUGAGGGGAUGCUUGUCGAGUUGGCUGCAGAGGAGCUGCAGAGGCGGGCUGGGGGGUUAGGAACAGUUCCAUGUUCUAAUAAAGAGACAUUUUGAUACUCUUGUGUCUGA